AUGGAUAGUGUCCUCACUAACGCCAAAGGGCCACACUUGGCCGUUCCACGGGUUCAAGGCCUUGUGCAAGAAAUCCUCGAGGAGUUAACACAAAAGAGUGGCCUCCAGUUGCUAGGCAUAUUUGCUGGAAUGUUCAUUACAUGGCGUGUAGGGGUUGCUUUCUACAACGUCUGGUUUCAUCCGCUAUCUAAAUUCCCCGGUCCAACUCACAUGGCUGCUUUCUAUCUUCCCUACAUGUAUGACAGCUUCAUCUGUGGUAACAUGCACAACACAAUCAGGAAGCUUCAUCAAAAGUAUGGCCCCAUUGUGCGUGUCGGCCCAGAUCAUCUCGCGGUUGACGGAUCCGUUGGUUGGCCCGAAGUCUACGGGCACAAGGCUGGCCAAGAGGAGUUCGGCAAAGUGCCCGGGUUUCUGUUUCAGGAGGACACCACCGCCCUCAUUGCGGCUCCCAAAGACAAGCACAGGCGACAGAGACGGCAACUCGCCCAUGCGUUCAGUGAUUCUGCACUACGGGACCAAGAAAGCGUCAUGAAGCGGUACGUCGACCUUCUCAUGAGGCGUUUCGCCGAUAGGGCCGACACUGGAGAGAGCUUCAACGUCAUCAAAUGGUUCGAUUUUACAACAUUCGAUAUUAUCGGCCAUCUUUACCACUCGGAGCCCUUCCACUGUCUUGAAAACAACGGCUAUCAUCCUUGGGUAUCCGCCUUCUUCAAUGGCUUUCGCGGCGACUCCUACCGCCGCUUCCUCAGCCAGUUCCCCCUGGCUCACGAGAUUGUCAAAAGGCUUCGGGUCAUUAGCGAUCUUAAUAGCAGCACCGACAAUAGAGAUUAUAUCGUGGAGAAGGCCCAGGCGCGCAUCAAACAAGGCGACUGCGCCAUCGAAGGCUACCGCGACUUCGUGUCCUUCAUGCUCAAGAAGAACCGCGACGGCGAAUUCGGCUUUCUCGUCCCAGAAAUCCUGGCUUCCUCUCCUCUUAUCAUUACAGCAGGCAGCGAAACCACUUCCUCAACGUUAUCCGCCUUGGUGUUUUAUCUUGGUAGCAACCCAGUUGCUUACAAAAGGCUGGCAGAGGAGAUUCGUUCCGCUUUCUCCGAUGAAGAAGAGAUUACUCUCAAUUCGACGCAGCAGCUAGAGUAUCUCCAUGCGUGCAUCGAGGAAGUUCUUCGUGUGUAUCCUCCGGUUCCUGAGACGCCCCCGCGACAAAGUCCGGGAGGAACGAUUGAUGGUAAAUGGGUACCCCAGGGAAUGGCCACCUACCACAAUCCCGACCAUUGGGCUGAGCCUGACUCCUACCUGCCUGAGCGAUGGCUGCCCAAGUCUCAUCCCUUGUACGAUGACAAGUUCGCAGCUGACAAUCGUGCCACUUUCAAGCCCUUCAGCUACGGACCAAGAGACUGCAUUGGUAAGAACCUUGCCUACUCCGAAAUGCGCCUGAUUCUUUCACGGUUGCUGUUCGGGUUCGAUUUCGAUCUGGCUCCCGGCCAGGAGGGCUGGCAUGAUGCGCUGCGCACGUUCUUGGUGUGGGAGCGUAUGCCAUUGAACAUCUAUCUCAAGAAGCGUACCACAGCUGCUUGA